AUGGGGGCCUCCGGCUGCGUGGCCGGCCUGCUGGUGCUGCUGGUGCUGCUCCCAGGGCGUGGCACCCCCUUUAACAUCGAUGUGAAAAGGCCUCAGAUUUUUCAUGGGCCUCCGGAAGCUCAGUUUGGCUACAAAGUCCUGCAGUUCACAGCCCAAGGGCAGAAAUGGAUGUUGGUGGGUGCACCUUGGGAUGGAACUGAAGAUGACCGGAAGGGUGAUGUUUACAAGUGCAUUGUGGGAGAGAGGAAAAAUUCAACAUGCACCAAAGUCAAUAUAGGUGACAUGGCCCUCUGGAAUAUCUCCAGGCGAACAAAAAACAUUCAUUUUGGGAUGACGCUGAUGGCCAACAAAGAUGAUGGGUUUGUGGCAUGUGCUCCCCUCUGGUCCCAGGAAUGCGGCACAUCCAUGUAUAGCACAGGGAUUUGUACCAGCGUGGACAAGGACUUCCAGCUGAUGGAAAAUAUUGCCCCAACGGCUCAGAGAUGUUCAACCUACAUGGACAUUGUAAUUGUCCUGGAUGGCUCCAACAGCAUUUACCCGUGGUAUGAAGUACAGAAUUUUCUUAGCAACAUUCUCAGCAAAUUUUUUAUUGACCCAGAGCAGAUCCAAGUUGGAGUCUUGCAGUACAGUGAAGUCGCGGUUCAUGAGUGGAACCUGAAGGAUUACCAGACAGCAGAAGAAGUCAUUGAAGCUGCCCAAAACAUCAGCCGGCAGGAAGGGCUCGAAACGCGGACUGCUGCUGCCAUCCACAAAGCCUGCACGGAGGCCUUCAGUCCAGAAAGGGGUGGCAGAGAAGGAGCUACCAAGCUGAUGAUUGUGCUGACUGACGGGGAGUCCCACGAUGGUGAAGAACUUAAAGAUGCUCUGGAAGAGUGUGAGGAACGGAAUGUGACACGUUACGCCAUUGCGGUCUUGGGCCACUACAUCCGCCGGAAGAAAGACCCCAACUCAUUCAUCAAUGAAAUUAAAUACAUUGCCAGUGACCCCGAUGAAAAGUAUUUCUUCAACGUGACGGACGAGGCAGCCCUCAACGAUAUUGUGGACUCUUUGGGGGACCGGAUCUUCAGCCUCGAAGGGACCCGUGAGUAUAACUCUUUUGAGUUGGAAAUGUCUCAGAUCGGCUUCUCCGCUCACCUCCUGGAGGACGGGACCCUCUUCGGCAUGGUCGGCGCCUACGACUGGGACGGGGCCGUGCUCAAGGAGGGCCGGCUGGGACGGGUUGCACCCCCCCGGGAGGCUUUUGAGAGAGAGUUCCCGCGAAAGCUGAAAAACCACGCUGCCUAUCUGGGCUACACCGUCUCCUCGAUCAGACUCAGGAGCGGCAGAAGGCUCUACCUGGCCAGCGCCCCCCGUUUCCAGCACAAGGGGAAAGUUAUCCUCUUCGAGAUGAAUGGUGAUGGUGGCAUAACCAUCUUUCAAGCCCUUACAGGGGACCAAAUUGGAUCCUACUUUGGCAGUGAGAUUUGCCCCGUGGACGUGAACGGAGAUGGCGUCACGGACGUCUUGCUUGUGGCUGCCCCCAUGUACCUGGGCCCUCAGAACAAAGAGACGGGCUGCGUUUACCUUUACAGGGUUGGGCAGUCGCUUCUGACUUUCAAUGGGACCCUCCUUCCUGAUCUAAAACCUCAGGAUGCGCGCUUCGGCUACUCCCUCCUGGCUGUUCCGGAUCUUAAUCAUGACAGCUUUAAUGAUGUGGUUGUGGGUGCCCCUUUGGAAGACAACCACCAGGGGGCAGUCUACUUGUACCAUGGCUACCGCACAACUGUGUUACCACGUUUCAAACAGCGCAUUGAAUCGGCCGGGCGCCACUGGGGCCUUCGCUAUUUUGGCCGCAGCUUGGACGGGCAGAUUGACGUGGAUGGGGACGGCCUGGUGGAUCUCGCCGUGGGGGCUCAGGACUCUGCGGUGGUCUUAAGAUCCAGGAGGAUUGUGCAGAUCAAUGCAUCCAUCUCAGUGAACCCUCCCUCCAUCAAUGUGAUCCAAAAAAACUGCCAGAGAAGUGGGAAGGAGUCUCUCUGUGUGACAGCCAGCUUCUGUUUCAGUGUGUCCUCGCGCUCUCUGGGUCCCCGGGACAGCCACUUGAGUAUAAGAUUCAACGUCUCUCUGGAUGACAGGAAGUUUGGCACGAGAGCAGUCUUUGACAGCAGCCCUCAAAAGCUGCUGCAGAAGAGGACACGGGCCACCGUGGGCAGGACGGCGUGCUCAACUGCCCGCUUCCACGUCAUUGACACCUCAGAUUACCUCCGGCCAGUCACAAUCACAGUGAAGUUUGCACUGAGUGAUGCUGAGCUGCCUGGACCCGUCCUGGAUGAGAAACUGCCCACCACUGUUAAGAUACUAGUCCCCUUUUUCAAGGACUGCGGUGAGGAUGAUGAGUGUAUAACAGAUCUGGCGCUACAAGCUGAGAUGGAUAUCAGCGGAUCCAGGCAGAAACCUCAUGUCAUCCGUAAAGGGAAGCGGAAGAUGGUGGUUGAUGUCCUUCUGGCGAACAGGAAAGAAAAUGCCUACAACACCACCCUCCGGAUCUGGUUUUCCAGAAACCUUCACUUCUCCAGCCUUGUGCUGAAGGGGGAGAACCCAGUGAAAAUGGAGUGCUCCGUUUCUUCUGCUCAGGCCCGGACAUGCAGCGUGGGCUAUCCUGUCUUCCGGUCCUUGGCAAAGGUGGCCUUUGCCCUUGAGUUUGAAUUCAGCUGCUCCUCUCUUCUGAACAAAGUGCAGGUGAAGCUCACAGCCAGCAGUGACAGUAGUGAGUUGAAUCAAACCCUGACUGACAACACAGCCCAGCCCACUGCCUUCGUCUGUUAUGAGCCUGACCUCUUCCUGUCUAGUGAGUCCACACUGAACCGCUAUGAAGUGCAUCCUGUGGGAACCUUUCCAAGUGACAUGAGCCCAGAGUUUAGGACAACCAUCAAGGUACAAAAUCUUGGCUGUUAUGCAGUGGCCAAUCUCUCCCUCCUGAUGGCGCUUCCUGCCACCGGCUAUCAGGAGAGGGAAUUCCUCUCGGUGACCCACAUCCUUGCGGAUAAUGUGACCUGCAGCUUGCCAAAUGACACCGGGUUGGGAGCAGCCAGUAGCGUGAUUCCUCUACACCCAGAAGAAUUGGCACACACACAGAAAGUGAACUGCACAAAUGCCGGCUGCCAAGUGGUGACCUGCCGACUGCAGCGCAUUGAGAGGAGCUCAGAAGUCACCAUCCAUUUGCUGAGAGCUGUCCGCAAUGAGUUUUUCCGGAGGGCUAAAUUCAAGACGGUGAAAAUCAUCAGCAGUAUCACGCUGAGCGUCCAAGAAGAGGGCAGCCUGUUUCUCCUGCCAAAAGCUGCCCAUCAGCGGGAGGUUGUCUUGGAGGUUAUCCAGUCCAAAGUGGUCCCUCUCUCCCUCUGGAUUCUGAUUGGCAGCAUCCUUGGCGGUCUCCUGCUGCUAGCCAUGGUCAUCAUCUUCUUAUGGAAGCUUGGAUUUUUUACACACAAAAAGCCUGGGGAAGGUGAGAAAGAAGAGUAAAAGGAGUCGGUCGAGCCAGGACUUUGCUCAAGAGGAAGGAGCGGCUGUGGGUUAAAACCCAGAAAGGGAGCUGUACUUUUCUUUCAACUACCUUUAAAACCAGAUGUUCCAGUUGUUCCACAAGAAUUGUCUCAAAAUCUUGCAGCAGCGUUUUUGAUUUAGGAAAGAAGAAAGCACAACUUUCUCCCAGUUGCAGCUACAACUAUCUAAAUAUCACCAGAACUGACAUUCAGGUGAUUAUUCAGGCAGAUCAAAAUCCAAAUUUGCCUGCAAGAUUUGUGGACAGAAUACAGAUAAUCAAGCAUGUGGAUCUUAAGCAGGUCUCCUUCCACCGUGCACAAAACCUCACAUGGACAUCUUUUAUUCCAGAUGCUUUUUCCGCUAGAGAAGGAUGGGGGGGGGGGGUUGGUCUCCCGUUUGCAACGCUGCACUAGAAGCUGCUGUGGUUGCCUGUUGCAAAUUUGUUGAACUUGCCCUGGACUUUUGCUCCGAGAGAGAGCUGGGGGGAACCUGGGAAGACCGUUGUUUUUGUCCUACACAGAGCUAGGUGGAAACAGUAAGGGCUGAACAAGCUACAGGGAUAUAUCCUUCGGCUUGUUGGCCGCGCCGAGUUCCAAAACAAGGCAUGUUGCUGAGUUGGCUCCCUUGCUAUACGCAGCAAGAGGUUGCCAGUGGCUGUUUUUCACACAAGUUGGGAUAUGGCAUCCCUUCCUGAUCACAACGUGCCUGAUUUCUGAAAAAUCAUUCUAAUGAGAACGGGGGAUUAAUAAACUGGGAAAUCCACUUUCUGUCUUCUUCUUCUUGCAUUGUGUGCGAGAGCAUCAAGUGCUAGCUGCCCAAGGUUAGCAAAACGUAAGGCAGGGCAGUGCUUGUAUCCAUCCUUUUGGCUAAACAGCUGGCUUUCUGAAUUUAGCACCCCUAAAAAUGUUCACACACACUUGGGAGACCGUGACCUUUGGCCGCUUCAAGCAAAGGCAGUGUAGAAUAAUAGAAAUGGGAGUGAAGUUAGAUUUCAUCCCAAGAGCCAUAAUCAAAAUCGAAUGAGGGGCCUGUGGCUGGACUCCAACUCCCCUCAACCUCAGCCAGUCCAGAAUAAUGGGAAUUCGUCCCCCAACUUCCAGCCAGGGCCUCUUGGUCCUCAACAGCAGCCCCUCUAUUGCCCCUCCCU